GUCUUCACCUACCCCAGAGCUCCCCGCAGACUUGAGUGAACUAUCACAUUGACCGACUGGUUUUAUGACGACGGAAAUAGUCUUACUCAAUCCAAGACCACUCGCUUGUUCCUCGGGUCGUCUUCUUCUCCUUCCCCUUCUUCCCGAACGCCCUCACUUGAAGCCCUUGCCCUCCGAAGUCUGGUCAAAAAUAUUCAUUGAAGCAAUCGAGCUGACCUCAGAACGACCUAAUUCUGGGUCCAAGGAACAUUUCACCCCGGCUGCUUUGGCGAUUAGUCGAGUAUGCAAGUCCUUCAAGGAGAUUGCUGUGCCUGUGUUAUAUUCUCACGUGCGAAUAAACAAGCCCCAUACGUUGGGCAAGCUCACCACCGUCUUACGCGACGCUGAGCAGAAGUGGGAUUCUAUCAGGCGCAUACCCUACUCUGCUCCCGGACGUUGGGUGCAAACCGUGGAUUUGUCUGCCUUGUCCCCUCUGAUUCAACCUGCCGACGCGUUUACCAUCGACUCGCUGUUGACUACUUUGUUCCCUCUUCUGCCGUUCUUAUCGGCUCUCUCACUCUGUCCUCAACUGCCCUUGAGCCGACGUGCUCUUGCCUCUCUGGCGAAUAGAGAGGAUAACAGUCGUGUAAGGGUGCUAGAAGGAAUCUGCUAUGAUGCUUCGUACAGCUCAGAAAUAUCCGCAGAUCGCGAUCCCAUUGUGCAGCUAUUGUCAACUUGUCCAGGGCUCGAGACUUUAGAGCUCAGCGGGCGGGGGUUCGAUCCCAUCGAGCUUGACUUGCUCAUAUACCAUUCUGAGGACUUCUCACCUCCAACUCUCUCCGCUCCAUUGAAUCUUCCUGCUCUCCAGAAUCUCACACUGCUAUCAAUUCCAUUUUGCUCCACUCUACUCGCUCUACUGUUGUCGCCUUUGCCAUCACUUCGAAGAUUAACUAUAACCCCGUAUGACGAUGUUCCUUAUCCUGCUUCGCUAGUGACAGCGUUCCUGGAAGCGCAUGGUCAAAACCUAUCCUCACUAUUGCUGUAUACCCCAAAAGUAUGGCCCACCCGCCUCCACCCCUCCCCAAACACCAUAUUGCAUACCUCUCCAAGAUUAAGACACCUCUCUUUGGAAUACCCAUUACCUACCCUCGACUUACCAUCGGGCGAUGUGCAUACCUCUAAACAACAACUUCCGCUCGAGAUUCUUUCUAUACCCCGACCUAACGCUGAGUUCUGGAGGCGGUUUGAGAGGCUACUCCCACAUUUCCCCGCUCUCAAAGCUGUGAGAGCGAGAGACGUUCGCUGGCUUAGGAGCGGUAUGACUUCGCGUGCCCAGGAGGCUGGUGUUCAGGGCGAAAUGCGGGAGUGGAGGCGACGUCUAGCGCCCAAGGGUGUCAAGCUACUCGACGGGGAUUGGAAUGAGAUGCACUGAGGAUACAUGUUCGUAAUUCGCAUUGAUCAUGGCUAAUAUUGUCUUCCAUCCCGCUAUUUGAUUUAUUUACCGACAUGAUCUAAACCACCCUACUCAUCUGCAAC